CGUUCUGCAGUUCUCAUUUUAAUCUCAAUCUAGGAACUGGAAGAAGAGAUUUAGGAACUGUGCGCCCAGCGCUCACCCACACUGGAACAUCCAAGAGAGCGCUGGGAGCGCCUGGAUCAGCUCAGAUUCGCUUUUCCUACUCGGGGGCCUGGGAGGCAGAGGAGAAAGCGCCGGGACCACCCUAAGCGGUCCCCACAGCCCGCCGCCCGGCUGGCUGGCAGCACGGAGGUGGUAGGGUUUCGGGGACCUUGAGUGCCCAGGCUGGGCAGCGGCGUCGCACCCCGUGGGGCCACGAGGGUGGCUGGAGCGCUGGGUUCGAGCAUCGGCAGUGAGAGCUGACUGCGCGCGAGGCACAGGCGGCCGCAGCCGUUGGGGCGCGCGGCUGUUUCCCAGGGGAGAGCCGGCCGCCGCCGUGCGGGCUCAGAGCCGCGGGCCCAGCCGGACACCACCCGGCCCGGGGGCCACCGGGGAUCCUGAACACGACGACGCACCUUCGGAGGACUGGAAACCCCGGGGGCGUCCCAGACGCCCAGGAGGCAUGGCAGGUUGGGGGCGGCGCGGGCGCUUGGUGCACCCCUCCGCCUCGGUGCACCCCACAGGCUCGGCAUCCAGGCCGCCGUCCGCAUCCAGACUCAAGGCGGCUCGAAAACCAGAGCCCCCCAGCGAACGCGAGAAGGCGGCCAUCCAGAAGCGGGCCGAGGGCCGGGCCAAAGUCCCGCCCAGAUUCAGGGACAGCGUCCAGCGUUUUUUCCUCUCGCCCACAGGACUCUUGAAGAUCAUCAGGCUGGGCCUUCUCCUAGGGGCACUAGUUUGUUUCAUCAGUGUGGAGGCCCAGGAGUCCUAUAUAGCAGUCACAAUUCUGGAAAUCUGCAUCGAUGUUUUAUUCAUUCUAAUGUAUAUGCUAACCCUUCACCGCUUGAUGACUUAUUUACAUUGGCCCUUACUUGAUCUUAUCAACAGUUUCAUUACUACUGUGUUCCUUUUAGUAGUUGCGGCCCUGGCGAUGCAAGAAAAGGAAAGAAGGCAUUUAUUCUAUGUUGGAGGGACCCUGUGUCUCACAGCGGCAAUAGUGUGUCUCAUUGACGCGACUGUGGUCACCAAGACGAUGAGGAAGAACAUGAAAAAAGCCCUGGGAAUCGAAACCGAAGCCAAUCCCCCCUGGACCUCAAAACCCAACCCUACCGCAAAGGUACCCAAAAGGGGAGGCCCAAACGCACCUACAAGGACAACCGUGAAGCUACACAGCUGGUCAGGUGUGAGGGCACCCUCGCAGGCCGGAGGGUCGAGAACCUGGAAAGCACCCUCGCGAGCAGCCUCGAUUUCUCCCUCCCUCCACUCGAACCAGUGAGCUCGCAUGCUGUCACCCACUUCUGCCAACACGGAUCAUAAAAUCAGUGCUGCUAAACCGUGUUGCCUUGUGUAAAA